AUGGCUUCGCCUCGCACACAUCUCCGAGCUCCGUCAAUAUCAAGGGGAUUCCAAUGUCCGCUCACAACCCACGUCAAAUGCCAUCGUGAACGCAGCCGGUGCAGGAGUACAUGCACGCAAGCACGUCGACCCCCGUACUCUUUUAAACAGCAGUCGCCUUUUCUGCCAUUCUUAUACCCAUUCACACGGCUUUCCACACCUUGCCAUGCUUUCUCUACAAGCGCCAGACUUCAGCGAGAACAAAACUACUACGAGAUCCUUGACCUCCCCGUGACAGCCUCGCCCGUCGAGAUCAAAAAGAAAUUCUACGCCCUCUCCCUCGCCCACCACCCAGACCGCAACCGCGACGACCCAACCGCCAGUCAGCGCUUCGCCAAAAUCUCCUCCGCCUACUCCGUCCUCUCCAACACCCACAAGCGCGCAACCUACGACCGCGACAACGGCUUCCACCACGCGCACGGCCACGCCCACUCCCACAGCCGAACACACCCCCACGGCUCCCACAGCAGCCACUCCGCCAACGUCCACAAGGGAGGCGGCGGAUACGCAGGCUCUCGACCCGCAAGCGGCCUGAGUAAUCGCCGAGGAACAUUCCGCGGUCCCCCGCCGAGUUUCUACGCGCAGGGCGGAUACGGCGCCACGGGACGGACGUCGGAGGGCUACGCAGCUGGUAAAGCGGGCUUUGGCGCUGGCGCCGGCGCAGGGCCCAAUCCCACGGGCACCACCAACAACGCCAAACCCAAUGAUCCGGACGACGAUCCACUGGGGUUCAUCGACCGCAAUCCGCUCGGCCACUUUAAUGCGCGCGGACACUUCCGGACGCAAAAGGCCGAAGACGAGCGACGGCGGCAACGGGUGACGAGGGCGCGGAUGGCGGCGAGGGAAAAGGCCGAUAUGGAUGUCUCUUCUGUGGCGGGCGGAGACUUUGGGCUGGUGAGAUUUGUGGUGGUUUGUGGGAUUUUGGUAUGUGCUGGGGCGAUGACGGGGUUUUGGUCGUGGGGUGGGAGUGGGACGGAUGAUGUGAAGGUGAGGAAGAAGGGUGUAAGUGUCAAUGACGGGGUGGGUGUUUCAUCUUGA